AUAACAACAUGGCUUACUUUUCGAAGGGAGCUUUCGCUUUCACGGCACUGCUGCUGGCGAUUGGCUGGUGGUUCAGCGCGAGUGCGCAUGAGUUCCAUGACUAUUACAGUGAUUACCCGAAUUUCCCCCCGAGCCUUCCGAGUGGACACCAACCCGACGAAGACAUCAAUGGCUCACCGCCUGACUCGUACCCCACGAAGAGUUGCAGUUUCUGCAUCGUGGCGACCCUUCAGCCCCCGGCAUAUGAUGUGCGACCCUACCGCUUCGAUGAGGCCACCUGCGCCGCUAUCCAGCAGAAGAUCUCCGACUUCAUGAACUCUCUACUGGAGGCCGCCAACAUCUAUGUCUUCUCACCCUUCGUGCCAACCGACUGCUCUGGCACACAACUCAAUGUGUGCGGCGCCUUUAACGGCUCAGACGUUGCUGCUGUGCAUAAUGUUAAAAAAGCAUUGCAGCAGCAGCUUCCCGUAUUCCUUGAGCUCGCGAGUGACAACGAUAUCUGCCAGCCGCAACUGGAGGGAUACCAGGUGGUGAUCUCCACCGAACAGUUUGUAGAACAUCGGUGUCUGGAUGACCUCUCACCGUCGUCCAAGCACUGCGACCCGUGGGCCCCAUUUCCCAGCUGCUCACCAUCAUGUAGAUGUGACAAGAACCAGGGCGUCCUGCCGUACACGGUGUCCCCCAACUGGUACACACAGCCGGGCAACAUCCGCUGGGGCCGCAACGUCACUGAGUACUGCUUCACCGUCAACACGGUGGACUCGAGUCAGCUCAAGCCGAGCUCUUGCUACAGUGUAAGCGAUGCGCUUGCAAAGAUUGAGUGGUCUGCAGAGGAUACACUCAGGUCGGCGGUCAGAGGCUUCACAGUGUACCCUGCUGGGGGUCCGAUGAAGACGAUCGCCGACAGCUGGGGCGCCACGGGAACCGAUACCCUGAAAGUCACCCUGAACUGGACUGAAGAACAAGCCAACGGUGGCGUGGUGUGUGUAGCGAUUCAGAACCACAUCACCAUGAGCAACCUGUGCAAAACUGGUUAUGGCCAGUGCUACGUCAGCAUCUACAACAGCUACAAAUCGGGCUCUUGCUGCCCCACGUACCGCACUGGUCCACCAAGGCAGUAG